AUAUAAGGAGAGUGGUUUAAUUUCUACAAUGUAUAUACAUAUAUUAUUUUAGUUCAUAGUAACACAAACGUUUGGACGUAACACAAGCCUAACCAAAGCCACCAUGCAUGCGUGUGUUUUUCGUCGUCCAGAACUGAAAUCGACCCCAAAAAAACUUCCUUUGGCUAUUAGGUAAAUAACAGAACUUUGAAAAUGAUUAGAGGAAUUAUUAGUAACGAAAGUCAGCUUACCAUUAAUUUAUGAUGGUUAGUUUGUCUAAUGACGUAAGGAUAUAUAAUUAUAUGGUCAACAAUUGACGUGUGAUUAACGGCUUGUACCAUGAUACCAAAAUCAAAUUCGUAUUUAGUCUUAAACACUUUUUAUAGUGGGGUGUGCAUGGAUCCAUUAUUUGGAAAUAUCUAGAUAUUUAAUGUUUAAAUUAUUUGCAUGGUUAUCAUAAUUCAUUACCAUAAAAAUCUAGAAUAACUGUUGUUGGCUAGUGAGUCUUAAGUCUAAUGACGUGAUGAUACAAUUUAAUUAACUGCCCACGCGUGAUUGGAAUGACUUAUGCCAUGAUCCGACCUAGCUAGGACCAAGAAUGAUUUAAAUUUAGUAUUCUGAAAACCGAAUACAAAUUUGUGUUUGGGCGAUUUAUACCAUUUAUUCAUUUAACAAUUCAGUCGCUCUAGCUAGUUUGACCCUAUUGAAAGCUAAUUAAUUUGGCAGAAAAUUCAUAUUCGUAGACUUUUCAAAGCAUAUAUAGAUUUUAGGAAAUUCUGUUAAUGGUACGUCAUCCAUUGACUGGCCUGAACCCCCGGAUUCUCACUAUAAAUUAGUUGCACAAUGGUACGGUUCAAAGUAUAACAUAAAAAAUCAUAUCUUAACGUUUAUUUCAUGAAAAUGUCUGAAAGGAUAUUAUCCUCAUGGAGCCCAUCACCAAUGUUGCUGAUUCUUCUCAGCCUUCUAAUGGCUUCCUUUUUCGACACCACGUCUGCACAAAUCGGAGUAUGCUACGGGAGGUUAGGCAAUCCCCGGCCAAAUCCAUCAGACGUGGUGGCUCUUUACAAGCAGCGCAACAUCAAGAGGAUGCGGAUUUACGACCCCGACCAAGACACCCUCAACGCUCUCCGCAACUCCAACAUCGAGCUCAUCCUCGACGUUCCCAAAACAGACCUCGAACGCAUCGCCUCCAGCCAAGGGGAGGCCGACGCGUGGAUCCGCAACAACGUCAAGAACUACGAGGGUGUCAGAUUCAGGUACAUCACGGUCGGAAACGAGGUGGAACCCUCGGAGCCAGCUGCGAGGGCUCUCUUCCAGGCCAUGAAAAACAUCGAUAACGCGGUUUCUAGAGCAGGCCUUGGGGUCAAGGUGUCGACGUGUAACGGCCCGGUUCCUGGCCCGUAAAAUUUCCCAAAGAAUAUGGGCUUCUCUACGGCUCAUUUGGCAAAAACCUAGGGUUUCCCUUCCCCUUUCCUAUAAAAAGAGAUGCAGCCUCCCUUUUUGCCUCAUCACAAAUCUGAAGCGAAGCUCUGCAGAGAAUUCCCGGAGGCCGAAAACCCUAGCCGUCGAGCUCUCUCCCCUUCUAUCCUGCGCCGCCUCUCUCUCUUCUCCCUCUCUCCCGCGCGUCUCUCUCUCUCUCUCUCCUCGCCGACACCCCCUCUCUCUCCUCGCCGUCGCACGCUCUCUCUCUCUCUCCCUCUCGCCGGCGCCGUGAAGUGGUGGUGGUGACCAGAUCUCAACCUUCUUAAAUCCGUGUUUACAGAUCCAGAUCUAGACUAAGGUGGAGUGUCUUGAACCCAUCUUGUUCUCAUGUACUGUAUACUCCUUUAUGUUGGAGUUAGGGUUGAUUAGACCCUGUUUGAAAGCUAGGAUGAUAGAUCAUGAUUAUUGCUAGGAUGUUAGAUGAAUGGAACACGAUGCAUAAGAACCCUCAUAUUGUUAAAUGGGACUUAGUAAACUGAAAUGGAGUUGUGGUAGCGAUGAUUGAUUGGUAAUUUAUGCUUGUAUGUUUGGAUGUGUAGUCCCAUGAGUGGUUUGUGAUUAAAGCUAGGAUGCUAGAGAGAAAUGAAUGCUAAGCUGAUAGAUGAGUAAUGAUUAUUAAUGUUAUUGAAGUAGAACUUGAGUGUAAUGUGUAUUGUGUGUGGCACCGAUAACGGGUGGCGUCUAGUGAAUGAGUCCAAGUACAAGUUUAAAUGAAAAGGAAAGCGAAUGAGAAUGGGAAGGGAUAAGUGAAAAUGAUAAGGAUGUGAAAGGAUAAGUAAAAGUAUGAGAGAAUGAUGUUAAGGUUAAGCAUGGGUGGGAAAGCAUAUAGAGGGUCUAAGGAAAGUAUGUGGGGUAGUAGUCCAUGCUAGGUAUCCAUAGGAGAUGUGGCCAAUCCACAAGAAUAUGGAAGCACCCAUAGGAGAUGUGGCCAAUCCACAAGAAUAUGGGGUAGAAGCCUAGUUGGGGCUACCCACUGUUGAAAAGGACGAAAAGAUGAAAAGGAUGUGCAUUGUAGGGUUUUUAGCUCAUGGUCGGGUAACAGGGAGUUAAAGGUGUCAUAGGAUCGAGUCGGACUGGUAUAAUGAGUCGGUUAAGCCUAGGGUUUGACGUGUGUGGCAAUGAGUGAGAUCAUUGUAUUGAUUGAUCACUAGGUUGUUAGAAAUGAAUGGAAGUGAAUGUGGAAAAUCAAUAGAUGACGUUAGGAAAUGAUAAAAUGCAUUAACUGAUUGUAGUGGCUAGUCAGUCCUAGUUCCCGCAUAGAGUAGUAUAGAGUGUCAUGCGGGCAGGCUGGUCUAGAGUCACUUCACUGAGUAACUUGUUGCUCAUCCCUCCCUUUCCAUUUCCCUGUCCGCAGGACUAUAAGUAGAAGUAUAUGGAUGUGGGUGGGACGGUAUUUCAAAGAAGGUUAUGCGUCCGCCGACUUUUGGGACUAGUAACGGAACACGUAGGGUUGUCUAAACGAGUAGACACGUGUCCAUAACGCCCUUUCGAUAACCCCGGUCGGACGCCGGGGAAUCGGGCCGUUACAAUUGGUAUCAGAGCGGGUUAAGAUCCCUUAGUUCUGUCCUAAGGGAUCGGCAUUUCCGACGUUUUCAAAAAAAAAAAAAAAAAAAAAAAAAAUUAUUAUUUCGUUAUUACAAAGUGUUUUCGGAUUGUGAAAGAUUAUUUGAAAAUCCCACUAUAUCCAUACUUCUAUUAUGGUUCUGAUUGAAAUUUUAUUGCAGGAUGUUUUCGCUUGACCAUUACGAGUGGAGGAUGCCGCGUAUGCACUACGGACGGAGGAACACCAGGGAGUAUGCCCAAAGGCGUCACUAUGACAUGGAGGGUAACUUGGUGCUACCCAUGUUUCCGGAUCCUGAAGAGCAGUACAGGGAGUUUCCAUUCAGGUACCCGCACGAGCAGACUGUGAGGCAUAAGGUGUUGAUGCCACAUUUCCAGAGGAUGGCUAUGGAGGAACGUCUACUGCAGGGCGAUGCGAGGUUCCAGCUUGCAACCGAAGAGGGGCCCCCGAGGAAGCGUGGCCGUCCAUGCAAGCCGCCAAGUGCAGCAGGGGGACCCCCAAGGGUGUUCACCAGGAAGUGCCAGUGUGGAGUGCUGAUCAAGAAUGCUCAGGAGGACCGAUCAGUCGCUGGAUACACCGAAGACUUCAUCAACCAAGCCAAGCUGUGCAAACCGAAGAAUGCAGAGACGUAGUGCGUAUGGUAUAAGAGCGGGCUUCGUAAGGAACUCCAGGCACAGUUGAGGGGUGUUUUGGAGCCCCUGGAGUUCGCGCUAGUGAGGCGGAUGGCAGGCUUCGCCAUGGAGGCAGAAGAGAAGAUUGCAGCCGAUGUGGCCGCUCUCUCGAGCAUGGAAGGAGGAAACCCGGGUAGGGACGUCGAUGGCUAUGAGGUGCCGGUCGGGGAACUCGCUAAGGGAAAGCGGGGGCGUCCGCGAAAACCUCCUACAGUGACAUGUGAUUGUGACGUACUGGUCCAGAUGGUUCAGAAG